CGCAGGGCCUUACAACUGAAUUCGCGACUCCUAAACAUGAAAUCGUUCGCGGGGUAUUCGCUCCAGAAAGGAAAGUUUCUACAGGAAAUAAUUGACGAAGUGGCAAUUCGUGCUCAAUCACCGCAUGGUCUAGGGAUCAAAUCUCGCAUCGAUACUCGCCCAGGCGAAGCAAGUAUUUCAUCGCUUCGGGUCGGUUGA